CUUUAAAUGAGACCAUUGAUGACGAUAAUACUACGAGACAGUCAAGUUCAACUUGACCAUUUCCAUACUCUGAGUCAUACUGAUGCCAGUCCAUUGAAACAACAAAUGAGUCAUCUAGAAUUGACUACUUCACUGUUAACCAAGUCACCUGAUCUAGUUGUAUCAACUAAACUACACAAGAUAAUCAGUAGUACUAGUAGAUCAACUGUUCAUGAUACUAAUACCAAUACUAAUGAUGACCAGACGCCUCUGAGUGAGAAUUAUGAAGAACGUUCAAGUCGAAUUUGUAAACAAGAUACAGUAAAUCUCAUAGAUCCAGAUGAAUCGAUCAGUGUAUGGUUGAAUGGACCAAGUUUACCACAACUACUCUGUUAUCUAUGGAGAUGGGAAGAAAGGAGGAUAAGACGAAUGAAAGAACAAAAAUCUAAAGUUGAUGAACAAACCAAAGUUGAAAAUGAGAAGAGAAGUGACAACAACUGUCCAUCGUCAAGAUCAGAAUCCAAAUGUGACAGUCUCAGAAUGAAUAUUUACGCUUUAUUUUUAAGAUUAGGCUUUAAUACUCAUGAGAAUCUUACACCAAAGGAUCAGAUUACCCUGGAAAAAAUUGAAUCAUAUCUUGAUUUAAAGGUUGCUGAAGUAUGGACCGAUAUGCAGUUGGAAUUCAAUGAAACAGACUUUAGACCAAUUACACCGGAUCAGCAAAUGUUAUCAUGCAUUUCAAACUGGUGUAAAAAACAACUUGACAAUUUACAAAGUAGACAACAGAAAAUAUUAAAAUCUUCAAAAGAUGCUGAAUUAAGCGAAGAACAGAAUUAUUAUUCAUCAAUCAGAAAAAUUAUCCGAAAUCAUGAAUACGCCUUGAACAGUUUUAAUGAUUAUCUGGCAAGAACAUCAAAUUACGAAUAUUUAAAACAAGCACGUCAGAAACAGCUAUCAGCAAUUGAUGCAUCACGUAUUGGUGGACAGUUGAAUAAGGCAAAACAACAUUUAGACGGCGACAGUUCAUUGAAAUCAUCAUUAGAAUCUAAUGAAGAUGUACAGAAGAAUGGUCCUACUGAAAGGGAAGUCAAACAUCAUCCUCACCAUCAUCAUCACCAUCAACAUCAUAACCAUCGUACUGAAGUUGUUAUACCAAGUAAUAUUUCAAUUCAUGGGAAAGAAUCUACAGCUUAUCAUAAAACAGAUAUUGACAAGCUGAAUGUAACGGCCUUUUGUUCACAAUCAGUUACAAUCGAUUCAACACCGAAACAUUUAUUUAUGCAUCCAACAAAAAUGGAAGAAGAACUACUCAAGGUUAUCGAAUCGAAACAAUCUCAAAUGACCAAUAAAAGUGAUGAAGAUUGUUUAAACUGAUUAGUCGACGAAUUAAUAAUCAAUAAUAGUAAUAAUUAGGAGGCAGAAAUGAAAAC